GGGUAUUCACAUGGGGUUGCGAACAGCGUGUUCUGGGGUAAUAAUGAAUUUGAAUAUCCAUGGAUGGGAUACAUAUAUACCCAUGCUUCGUGUGACUCCGGUUCGUGUCAAGAACCUUUUUCACCCCUUUCCAUUACGGAGAUGCUCGGGGAGUCUUUGAUAUUACCCCCUUUGUUCCCUCGGGUUAAUACCUGUCUCCCUCUUCGCAAUCUAUGGUCUGUCUGUAGACUUGUGUUCUUCUGCAUGAUAGCUCUACUUGACGUUCUUUCUGACACUUUCGUCGCUAUCCUACCUAUUUCGCCACCUCCUCCUGAUUACCUCCCAGUAAUAUCGCUUCUACACUCACUCACCACCACCACACUUGCGAUGCAGAUCCACGUCUCCGCCAUACUACCGCUCUUCCUCCUCCUCGCACUCUCCCUCGUCUCCACCGUCGCAGCACUACCAUCACCGUCAUCGCCCUCAUCCUGUCCAUCCGCCAUCUGCGCCGUCCGCGGCACUCUCCGCCCAUUGACAAAACCAUACUGGACGAGUUCUAGCUCGACGCACAGCAGUAGCAGCAGCAGCAGUGAUCCGGCGGUAUGUGCGGUGCAGUGUACGAGGGAUACCAACUGCGCGACGUUUGCGAUUGGUGCGGGUGGAUGUAGCCUUUUUGACCGGAAUAUGUAAGUUUGUCCUUGUCUGCAUUUUGGGGGGGAGAGGGGGUUUAGUUACUGUCGGGGAGAAGUCAGGGCGAGAUGAGGAGUGUUUGAGAGGGGUUAGGAAUGGGACUGCAUUGGGGACGGUCGAGCUGACGAGAUGAUGUGCAGAAAUAUACUUGUGG